AUGGCGUCUGGCGAGGUUGACGUGGGCUUUGGCGAUGCCGUCUCGGUCACGUCCACGGAUGAGGACAACGAGCCGGAGAUGAACGUCGAUGAAAUCCUUGCUGAACGACAUGUACGCGGAGAGCCCCACUGUCUGCUUCUGUGGCAGAACCUCCCCUUGAGAGAUGGACUCUGGGAACCCAGAAGAAACCUGCCGGAGGAGCUGGUGGCGAAGUGGGAGCUGGCCAAGGCGAGGCAACGAAAUGGAUUGGCACCAAGAUUCACCGUCCAGGACUGGAAGGAUGCCGUCAUGCGAGGAUACGAUGAACGAUGUGCUCGGCACAACCGUCGCAACGUUGAGCGAGCAAGGCGCGGCCUUGCCCAGACGUUGUUGCCGCUUACUCGUCAAGGUUUGCUCGAAGAGCUCAGUCUAUACGCAAAUGACGAGGAAGACGAUGGGCAAGGGCGGGGAGAAUCUGGCCCGGAUGAUGCAGCUACAGCCCGCUCGGAACAGGGAGUGCCUCAAGAUCUAUUUAAGAACCACACAUCAUGUCAUGAAAGGCAGCCUCGGCAUGGCCCAGAACAGGCCUUGCCACAGCCUCUACCAAACAACGAGCCCCCCUUUCCUGCGAAGCAGCCUCCCGAAGGAUCAGAACAGGGCUCGCAUCAAGAAUACCCGUCAAACAAGCAGCCGUCAUCCACUAUAAAGCAGCCUCCAGAAAGCUCAGAACAGGGCCUGCCUGAAGACUCAUCACACAAUGAGCUUCCUUCCCCCACGAUGCAGCCUGCUGGAGGGAUCUCGGGCCCUUCGCCUCAAAUGGUACCGUCAAUUGGUGCCCUCUCUCCCCGGAAGUCUUUGCGAGAAGUGCUCUUUGGACAACCUGACGAGAACCCGCCAGAAAAGCCAAGGCUCAUCGUUCCUCCUCCUCCUCCUCCUCCUCCUCCCCCUCCUCCUCCUCCUAUGAAGCUCAAGUCGGCACUGAAGAGCGCCGAAACCACCUCGCGAGGAUCGGUUAGGUUCCUGAUCCCGCCUUCAGAAGCUUCCGACGGGGUGCCGAGGCGGUUGUCUCUCUCCCAACGGGCACCUGCAGCAAAAUCGGCAGCAUACACGAACAUCUUCACUGGCGGUCUUACUCGCAAGGGAAGACAUACCCUGAGCCAGGUGGCGGCUGACCCGACAAUCAAGCCCAAGCUUCUCAAUUCGCGACUCAAGAGGAGGUUAGAGUUGCAACGCCGAGAUCGGGAAGGGACAAGAGCGCCGACUCAGCUCCCAUCCGGACUCAUCUCUCUUGAUCCCUACAACUCUCAGGCUCCGUCAGGCGAGCAGGCAUCAGCCCAUGAUGCCAAGGGUGGCGAUCAAGCCAACGGAAAGCGCAGGUCUCCAACGAAGGGCGUGGCUCACUGGGAAGAUGAGCCGAUGGAGUUAGACCAAAGCGAGAGCCUUUUUGUAUCCGAUGACACGCCAUCGCCAACCUCGGAUAUUUUGGACCAGUUCAACGGCCACAAGAAUAGUGAGCAACCAAACAGCUCAAAAACCAUCAGCAAAGCGGUGCAGCUGGGCUCGGACAGCUUAAGUGGCAUUACUCUUUCGUUCGACGGGCUACCUGACGAGGCAGAUGCCAGCUGGGCAAAACGAUUUUGCUCAGCCGAGCCGCUCAUCUUCACACAUACUUGCACUCGCCAUGAUUUCGCUUGUCAGACCGCUGAGGGUGGUCAACUGAAAAUCAUACCCCUCUGUGAAGGAGCUGUCUUUUCGCGUACCGAAAACGAAGCCAUCAGAAACCUAGCGAGUAACCUCAGACUAGGUUCCAUGGGGUUGCUGUCCAUUGGCGAAGACUUCUGCAUCUACAUCUCCUUCUCUGAGGAACCCAGUGGUCAACCGACGCAAGACGCGAGUGAUGCAAGCCUCUGGUACGUCCUUUUCGAGGCGAGCGAUUCCGACUCCCUGGACCCAUUGAUGCUGUCUCCCGCUCCGCAGCUGAGACUGUCAGGUCUGACCACAGGAGAUGAGAGAUCCGCGUCUUGUUCAAGGCCCCUGAGUCGAGUCUUUGGGCCGACAUAUGAACAAUUACUGCCUCCUUUCGCGAAAAAUGCAGAGAGGCACAACUUUUUCAUAGCUUUUCCCCCUCGUGCCGAACAGGAGGCUCUCCUGCUAUGCUGGUGGCUGAGGGAUAGCAACGGCAAGUGUGAUAUUCGAGCCACUUACACUCAAGGCCACUGGGACAGCUUCUUGAAGCUGAACCAUGGAGUCGUCAUUAUCCAUGAGGAUGCACUGUGGUCGAUACGCUUGUUUCCCGGGCUCCACAACAUUCUACAUGGCUCCCGGGCAAACUACAUGUUCUGGAUGUUCAGCCGCUCUCUCUCGCCAAUCCGUGCACUCGGCUCUGCAGAGUCGCCGCCAUCCCCUCUCGGCGAUAUCCGCCUUCACCGAGUGUUCGAUCCUGGUGCAGCGUUCUUGGUCACGCCCAGCUUCUUCAUCUCUGAGCCUGAGAAUGCCUAUUCGUUCAUGAAGUGGUUCUGGAUCAAAUUCGUCAAAAAUCCCGACGUGAGCCGACCUAGUAAAUUGGUCUUGUGCGCAAAAGUAGACGAAUGGAUGAACGACUUGGGCCUGGAGAAGCUGCUCAUGAGAUACAGAUGUCCGCUGAGGGCUCCGGAGGAGGAACGCGUUGCCAAGGGGAUUUCCGACUCGGCAAUAAUGUGCCGGUUCAAGACUUUCAGGAUGCUCCAGCAGCUGGUUGUGGACUCUUCCAGCGAGGUCGCCGGGAGAAUCAUCUUUGCGCCCGAGUCGAUAGACGGCAACGAUGAACAGAGCCUGGUCAAUUGGUUCGGAUGGUGGUCUACCCUCCACAUACAUCAGUAUCGAAGAUUUGCCGUCGUAGGUUCCGGCCAGCAAACCGAAGCACGGCUCUCGAGGAUCAUUCGGACUCCGAACUACAAGAGCCCCUUGGUGAAUGAUCCGGAUGGGCAGCCGUCAGUUCUUCCGAGACCGCCUGAACCAUCGACGCCUUUUCCUGCGCCGCGGCAAAGUAGGGAGGAUGAAGCCUCCAUGGUGAGGUCGCGCCUAAGCGGAAUAGUCGUCGACACCAAGCGUGGCUGGAGCCCCGCGAAGGUAUACUGGUACCCCGUGGGCUAUUCACAUAGGGAUAUCUCCUUCCGUCUGGGAGAUAGGAGUGACAUAUACCAUACGUUCGAGAAGUGGCUUUCAUUCUUCUGGGUUAUUUUGGAAGCCAAGGGGACGAAGAAAAGCCCGCACAACUCAUUAGCGGGGCUCUUCUAUACCUUCGAUGAGGAUCAAGCUUCGUCGCUCACGAUCCACAACGUCCAACGCUCACCUUGGGCGGCCGUGCUUCGUCCCGAGAACCCGCAUAGCCGGCCGUGGAGGAGCUCAGAGCUAUUCAUCUGGGAUACUCGGUACUCAGACAGCAUCAGCAAGGGCAAGAAAUUCUACUCUUCCGAUCUCCUCGAGACUCAGCGCCGUCUGAUCGACUACGUGGGAGAUAGGGCAUGGGACAGCAAACUGCCGCUCCAAAAUGUCUGGGUCGGCGCCUUCGGGAGCCAUCCAGCCGGUGUUACUGCCAUGGACGCCACGCUUCACUGGCUUGAGAACGUGCCGCUAAAGGUUAGAGACUGGAUACCUGCACCUUCCAAAGAUCUCACCGGAAGAGGUUGGAGUCUUGUCUCCCCUGAGAGGCCCCCGGAGGACCGGUGGGAGGACCAGCGGGAGGAGCGGCGGGAGUACCGGCGUGAGGAUGAGCGGGAGUACCGGCGUGAGGGUGAGCGGGAGUACCGGCGCGAGGACGAGAGGGAGUCUCGACGAGAGGACGAGCGGGGGAAUCGGGCCGGGGAUCGGAAGGGCAGCCUGGCCUCCGCCCAUAGCGAAACAAGACAGGAAAGUCUGCGGUCGGAUGACGACACAGGGCCCCCAAAGGUCAUUUUCCAUCCGCCAAGAAGGAGCGAUGGCAGGCAGGAAACGUCUCAAUGCACGAAUUGGCUGUAUCACGAGGCGCAGCAAAACGACCCCCAGCUGGAAGGGAGGGAAUUCGCCUUCGCCUUCAAGCCAACGAUGGAGUGGUACAGCGCGCAGAUGAACGAGGGCCGAGCGUUUGAACAUAUCGCGGUCUUGCCGUGGCACGAAGUCUUCAAGAGAUGGAGAGUCGACAGUACGUUGCAGAGAGGAGGCUGA